CUCGUGCCGUAACGGCCAUCCGUGCUGCCGCGCCGGCGUUCCGAGCCGCCGGGCUUGGCAGAGGGAAGGUGAGACGGUCUUUCCGGCAGGCAGACACACAGAUUGCGCUUCCAUCCCCGGUGCAUGAUAUCCUGUUGAGGUGCCAAGGACCCAAAAUGAAAUGAGACUAUUUUCUCUUCAGAGGCCAUAUUAUAAAAAAGGGAGAGCAGAAGCUGCUGAAAGAUGGCAGAAGAAGUGGUGGUAGUAGCCAAGUUUGAUUAUGUGGCCCAACAAGAACAAGAGCUAGACAUCAAGAAGAAUGAGAGAUUAUGGCUUCUGGAUGAUUCUAAAUCCUGGUGGCGAGUUCGAAAUUCCAUGAAUAAAACAGGUUUUGUGCCUUCUAACUAUGUGGAAAGGAAAAACAGUGCUCGGAAAGCAUCUAUUGUAAAAAACCUAAAGGAUACCUUAGGAAUUGGAAAAGUGAAAAGAAAACCUAGUGUACCUGAUUCUGCAUCUCCGGCUGAUGAUAGUUUUGCUGACCCAGGGGAACGUCUCUAUGACCUCAACAUGCCUGCUUAUGUGAAAUUUAACUACAUGGCUGAGAGGGAGGAUGAAUUAUCAUUGAUAAAAGGGACGAAGGUGAUCGUCAUGGAGAAAUGCAGUGAUGGGUGGUGGCGAGGUAGCUAUAAUGGACAAGUUGGAUGGUUCCCUUCAAACUAUGUAACUGAAGAAGGUGACAGUCCCUUGGGUGACCAUGUGGGUUCUCUGUCAGAGAAAUUAGCAGCAGUCGUCAGUAACCUUAAUACUGGUCAAGUAUUGCAUGUUGUACAAGCUCUUUACCCCUUCAGUUCGUCUAAUGAUGAAGAACUUAAUUUUGAGAAAGGAGACGUAAUGGAUGUUAUUGAAAAACCUGAAAAUGACCCAGAGUGGUGGAAAUGCAGGAAAAUCAAUGGAAUGGUUGGUCUGGUGCCAAAGAACUAUGUUACCAUUAUGCAGAAUAAUCCAUUAACCUCAGGUUUGGAACCAUCACCUCCACAAUGUGAUUACAUUAGGCCUUCACUUACUGGGAAGUUUGCUGGCAAUCCUUGGUAUUAUGGCAAAGUCACCAGGCAUCAAGCAGAAAUGGCAUUAAAUGAAAGAGGGCAUGAAGGGGAUUUCCUUAUUCGUGAUAGUGAAUCUUCGCCAAAUGAUUUCUCAGUAUCACUAAAAGCACAAGGGAAAAACAAGCAUUUCAAAGUCCAACUAAAAGAGACUAUCUAUUGCAUUGGGCAGCGUAAAUUCAGCACCAUGGAAGAACUUGUAGAACAUUAUAAAAAGGCACCAAUUUUUACAAGUGAACAAGGAGAAAAAUUAUAUCUUGUCAAGCAUUUGUCGUGAUGCUGAUGACCAGAAAUGACUGCUGCAUAGCUUUAAUUUGUUGUGUAAUUGAAGACUCAGAAAAUGGUGGUCCAGUCGUGCUUGAUUGGAAAUUGUGGUUUCUAACUCUACAUGAGAUUUGACUGUAAUAUAUAGGUAUUUUUAUUAUAACUCAGCCCAUACACACACACACACGCUAUGUAUGCAUCUGCAUAGAACAAUUCCUUAUCCUUGGUCUUCUGUUUUAUUGUUCUUUUAUUGUUUUUUCUCUUUGCUUCUAAUAUUAAUGUUUUGUAUCUUGAAAAAAGCAAAUAAUGCAGAUCAAAAGUUUUUAUAUGAAAGAAUUCCUUUAUUUCCUUGUAAAGGCACCCUAUUCUGCUAUAAUUUCUCUUCAUAUAAAAUUAUUAUAUCUACAUAUGACGUAUGCUAAAA